AAGAAAAAAAAAAAAAAAAGGAGGCGUUUCCCUUCGAACAAACACAUCACCAGCUGCAAAUUUAUGCAGAGCAGAGAAAUCUGUGCUGCUGCUGCUGCUGCAGCGAAGAAAAGAGGCAGCAGCGCCGACUCAACCAGCUGUCCGGGAGGCCGCCGAGUCGACCUGCCGCCGGGAGCCGCUGCAGGAGGAGGCCGAGAAACCCCGAGCGGUCACGCCAUGGAGACCGACGGAGAGCAGAACCAGCAGGGAGCCUCGACCAAUGGGAGCGCAGCGUCUGGGACGAGCUCCCGGCCCUCACAGAUGAAUUCCAUGUCUCUGUAUGAAAGGCAGGCGGUGCAGGCCCUCCAAGCGCUGCAGAGACAACCUAAUGCAGCCCAGUACUUCCAGCAGCUGAUGCUGCAGCAGCAGAUCAACAGCGCCCAGCUGCAGAACCUGGCCGCCGUGCAACAAGUGAAGGCUACGCUGGCAGCCAGUCGUCAGUCGAGUCCCUCCAGCAGCACCAGCAGUUCUUCUCAGACCACCAGCACCACAUCUGCCAGUGUAACAUCUGGAUCAGGUUCUUCGACCAGCAGCCGUCCGUUAGGUGCCUCCGCGACGUCCACGAUCAGUCAGUCGGUGCUGCUGAGCGGGACGGCAGGCGGGCAGGGACAAAUGUACCUCAGGGUCAACCGCUCCCUGAGGACGCCCAUCCCCUCUCAGCUCAUAUUCAUGCCUGGUAGUACAGCAACCGCUGCCGUGGCGACUGUAACCCAGCAGCCACAGGAAGUCACCCCCGCUUCCUCCAGCAGCAGCCAGUCAGAUAAUGACCAGGUGCAGAACCUUGCCAUGCGAGGAGUCUCGAGUCCUAAAUGUGUUAAAACUGAAGCUCCGGAGAAGAGUGACUCUGCUGCCUUCUCUCUGGUCCAGCCCUCCCACCAGUCAACCACCCAGUCUCCUACUAAACCAAGUCCACAACCACCCCAUAUCAAAAUCCCUACGUACCCCCAGCCUACUAACCUCAAAGCCCACCCUUCGUCUUCUUCUGGAGUCUCAUCUUCAACCUCAUCCUCCACCUCCUCCAUCCCUCUCUCCCAGCUCUUGCUUCAUGGAACUCGAACCCUGACCACAGGAACCACAGCCCCCACAGCAGCACACACCCUGGUCCUGACGUCCAAUGCCACCUCUCAGCCCCACGGGUACCCAGUCGGCACGGCAACCAUCAAACCAGCGGUCAACGCUCAAACUCUGGUGGUGCAGCCUUUGCAGAAGUCCUCGCUGAGCGCUGAGAAGUCGGGACACGCGAACGGACCCAUCCCCAUCCAACCAAAAACUUUGCAAGGGCUACGCUUGCCUCUUCAGCUGCCUUCUAGAAACCCUCCUCCCAUUCUUCCUGCUCCAACACCGUCCAGCAGCUCCAACCACCCUCCCCAGCCUCCGCACAUCCCUGUUCAGAUAGUCGGGGCCCGGCAGAGCACGCUGGGAGGGGCCCAGGCUCUCGCGCUCGCCCGGGGCACCUGCAGCCAGGAUGGAGCUGCCGUUCUCAGCAGCUCGUCCAGCCUGCUCACCAUGGUGGCGUCCAUUGCUUCCAGGGAGGGUGGGGUUGUUGGCCGAGGGGUGGGGCUUAAGACCCUUCAGACUCCCCAGGAGGCUCCCCCGCUGACUCAGGCGUCUCAGGUGCAUCCACAGGCCAGUCAGAGCUCUGCACACAGUCAAAAUGGACCGUUAGCGCAUGCCGCCUCCUCUCAGUUGACAACUGUUUCAUCUCCUCCCCCCCUGCAAUCACGCUCAACACACAUGCUCCCCCCGGUGACUGACGAGCAGAGAGGAGCGUCGUCUGCUGUCACAGCCAAUGGAGACGCGUCGGGAGGUCAGACACCCCAGGGAAAGCAACUCAGCACCUCUCUAAAAAGAAAAUCUGACUCCAAUUCAGCAAAUGAUGAAGAUGGUCCAUCUCCUCCACGGCUCAAGCUGGUCAGAGACCACUCCUCAUUGUCCUCAGCCAAACCCAUCUGUGCAGGCUCGGCUUCUCCUCAAGUCUCCUCCUCUCCGACCCCGGCGCUCUCUGUAGCUCGGGGGGUUUGCGGUCAGGGGGAGAGAGCUUCGCCUCCUCAAGCUGUUGUGAAACCACAAGUCCUUACUCACCUCAUAGAGGGCUUUGUCAUCCAGGAAGGAGCCGAGCCUUUCCCUAUAUCUGGUCCGGUAAAAGACUCUGCUGGGGAGGACUUGACUGACGACAGUCCAGACACAAACCAGUCAGAAACUGUUACCACGGCAACCGUGCUGAAGUGUGAAUACUGCAAGAACUUUGCUCCUGCCAGCCAGUUCAGAGGCACCAAAAGGUUCUGCUCCAUGUCUUGUGCCAAGAGUAUGUAUUGGUUCCCCAGGUACAACGUCAGCUUCAGGCAGCAUUUCUCCGUGAGGCAAAGUCACAACCAGCGUCGGGACCAGGACCAGGACCACUUCUCAAACUCUGACGAGGAAGUAGGAAUCGCCAGGAGGCGGGUCCCCCGCAGGACGAGCUCAGAGAUAGCCAGUGCAAAGAUUGCAGGGAGGCCCAUACCUGCCAAGUGCCGUUCAGAGUCUAGCCACUCAGACGAGGAGUCCAGCGGAGAGGAGGAUGAAGAUGACGCCGCGUCUCUUUCGCCCGCCUCCUCUGCUUCGUGCCACCAGCCGCCGCCUCCUCCGGUGGACACGGAGAGCUCGGCGCCCAGCUGCCCGCCCAACAGCCCCUCCCAGUGGAGUGUGGAGGAAGUGUCACGGUUUAUUUCUUCUCUACAAGGCUGUGAGGAGCUCGCCUCCCAGUUCCUGUCGCAGGAGAUUGACGGACAGGCUCUGCUCCUGCUGAAGGAGGAGCAUCUCAUGUCCACCAUGAACAUUAAGUUAGGACCAGCCCUGAAGAUCUGCGCUCACAUCAACAACCUGAAAGACUGACGUCUCUGCAAACGCACCGCCAGUGAGCGGCGGUGACGAUUAACCAUUUCAGCACCCGGGUCUGACGUGGAACUGGUUCUGAAGUGACGACAGACCUGCAGGUGAAUGUAUGAAGUCCGCUUCAGUUCCAAAGCAAAACCCUCAAAUCCAUCGUCGCUGGUUUGCCGACUCCUGACCAGUUCCUGAAAGUUGCAUUUCAUUCACGUCCGCUCCUGAAUCCAUGUUGGAAAACACA